AAAGCCCCUUAACUAACAACAAAACCCAUCUCCCCUUUUUCCCUUAUUGUUUGAUCCAACGGCCAUAAUUCAUCACUUCAUUCAAUCGUAAGACUAACGAUUUCUCAGCGUAAGAUUUCAAUUAACUGUUUCUCCUCUGUGUAAGUUAUGUGUAUCUAUUUGUUGCCAAAAAUGGAUGAUGGGUUCACAGGACGAGUUUAAAGUGAAGGGGUUGAAGGAGUUGAAUUUUGUGAGGUCAGGCAUAUGGAACCUAAUGGCUACAGAAAGGGUAACAAAGGGAAUCUCGUUACCAUUCAAAAUGGUAAUCAUAGCUCGCUGAGUAUACAUGAGGAGCUGGAUCCAUGGACUGCUUGGGCAUACAGACCUCGUACUAUCACGUUGUUGCUUAUUGGUGCAUGUUUCCUCAUCUGGGCAAGUGGAGCUCUUGAACCGCAAACUACCUCCUACGGUGAUGUUACUACUUCUGUGAAAAGGGGCGUUUGGGCAAUGGUUGCUGUUUAUCUUGCCUACUCUUUGCUGCAAGCCCCUUCAACGGUACUUAUUAGACCACAUCCUGCCAUUUGGCGCUUGGUUCAUGGAAUGGCUGUUAUUUAUCUUGUUGCUUUGACAUUUCUACUUUUUCAGAGGCGCGAUGAUGCUCGCCAGUUUAUGACGUUUCUUCAUCCUAAUCUUGGCAUUGAACUUCCUGAAAGAUCUUAUGGUGCUGAUUGCAGACUCUAUGCACCUGAAAAUCCCACGAACAGGUUUAAGAAUGUUUAUGACACACUGUUCGAUGAGUUUGUUCUGGCUCAUAUCUUAGGGUGGUGGGGCAAGGCCAUCAUGAUACGUAAUCAGCCUCUUUUAUGGGUAUUAUCUAUCGGGUUUGAGUUGAUGGAGCUUACUUUCCGGCACAUGUUACCAAAUUUUAAUGAGUGCUGGUGGGAUAGCAUUAUUCUGGAUAUAUUCAUCUGCAACUGGUUUGGUGAGAAACUUGAAGCCAUUUUCUUGGUCAUUUAUGAUACGGAGCAGUGUUUUGGACGGCGAAAGGCGACAAGGCCCCGCCACGCGGCGAGGCGAGCACCUUUUGAAUGCAUCUGGGCUGGAAUGCGUACUGUUCGAUAUUUUGACGGAAGAACAUAUGAGUGGGUUGGUAUAAGCCGGCAGCCAAAUAUUAUGGGCAAGGUCAAGCGAACACUUGGUCAAUUUACACCUGCACAUUGGGAUAAAGAUGAAUGGCAUCCCCUCCUUGGUCCCUGGCGAUUCCUUCAAGUUCUCAGUCUCUGUGUUAUUUUCUUGACAGUGGAAUUGAAUACAUUCUUUUUGAAGUUCUGUCUUUGGAUUCCUCCCAGAAACCCUCUGAUAGUGUAUAGGUUGGUCCUGUGGUGGCUACUUGCAAUACCUACCAUUCGAGAGUACAACAAUUACCUACAGGACAGGAAACCAGUAAAAAAAGUGGGAGCAUUUUGCUGGCUUGCACUAGCUAUCUGCAUUGUUGAACUCCUAAUCUGCGUCAAGUUCGGACAUGGAUUGUUUCCUGACCCCAUGCCCAAGUGGUUAGUAAUUUUCUGGACAUGCAUCGGCUUUGGCCUUGUGUUGAUUUUGGCUGCAUGGUCAUGGCAAUUACAUAGUACAAUGAGGAAAAAACAGCAAUGAGUUUCUGCAGCAACUCCAUUCUUUAUUCCUUUGUGUUAUUUCGGAUAACCAGCCCUCUUGUAAAUACCAAUUACAAUUUAGCUGUACAUGUUCUCUUCCUAGAUUAGGUAUUACAGUUGAAAAGUGUAGCGAACCGGAGUUCUUUAUCAUUAGGUUGUUGGUAGAUGCCUUGUUUGUGCUGCCUAAGUUUGCAGGACCUUUUCCAGAAUAAAAAUUUUAUGGAUCGUGUGUUGUAAGUGUUGCAAAAUUUAAAUUUUCAGUUCUAUAUUCAGGCACUUGAUAUUUGCCCUUCCCA